GGGAGAGGAUUUAGUUCCUUCCUCAUUUGGGUCAAAGAACCACCUUGGAAAAGUCAUUAUUAUUAUUCCUCCUCUUUUCUUUCCUUUCCUUUAUAUAUACCCUCCUCCUCUGCCUCCUCACUCCAUCUCCCACUCACUCUCAUCCUAUCAGAACAAAUAAGUUAAAACAAAUGGCAACGGAAUCUCAAUUAGCAUCUGCUUUACAUUUUAUCAAACAACAUCUACUUGGCGAUCUUCUUUCACCUGCACUUCCAUCCUCAUUGCCCCCUUCAAAUUUCAAUACCAAUAUCGAUGAUGAUUUCUUCGAAUUCGACCCUAUACCUCAAAUCAUCCAUCCCACCGCUACAGAAUCUAUGAUUACCCGGUUUUCCAAACCCGAACCAGAGAUGCCCUCGAACCGAAAGCCAUCGCUCCAAAUAUCACUGCCUGAAAAAACCAAAUGGACUCACUUCGCUAAUCCGGACCAGCAACCAGUUCAAGCUGAAGAGAAAAAACAUUACAGGGGAGUCCGACAGAGGCCGUGGGGCAAAUAUGCAGCGGAGAUCCGAGACCCGGCGCGGAAAGGUGCGCGUCUGUGGCUAGGGACUUUUGACUCAGCUAUUGAAGCUGCUCGAGCUUAUGACAGAGCUGCAUUCAGGCUGCGUGGUUCUAAAGCUAUUCUUAACUUUCCUUUGGAUGCUGGAAAGUCGAACACACGCGCUGACAAGGGAAGUGAACGGAAAAGAAUGAGAGAGUGUGAGGUUGAAGAGAGAGAUGCGAAGAAGAAGGUAGUGGUGAAAACUAAGGAAGUCGAAAGUGAUUUUGCAUUGACGCCGUCGAGCUGGACGGUGCUGCAUGACAUUUUUAACGUUCCGUUAUCUUCUCCAUCGUUAGGAUAUCAUCAGCUUAUGGUUAUUUAAGAACUGUAUAGUUUUGUUUCUGUAGCUGUAUAUAUAUAAACGGUGACAAUUUUUGGAAGACAA